GCAGACGCGCCGAGUCACGCCGGCAAGGGAGGAGCCUCGGGCCCGGCGGCGGACACGGGAGCUGCUGGCCGGAGCGGGAGCCGGAACGGCGGGAGGCCGCCGGCAGCAGCACCUGGUCCGAGAUGGGGUCCCAGGUCUCGAUGGACGUGGGAGCCGUGCACGUGGUGAUCGUGGGCGGGGGCUUUGGCGGCAUCGCGGCCGCCAGCCAACUGCAGGCGCUGAACAUCCCCUUCGUGCUGGUGGACAUGAAGGACUCCUUCCACCACAACGUGGCAGCCCUCCGGGCCUCCGUGGAGAGUGGGUUUGCCAAAAAGACAUUCAUCUCCUACUCGGUGACCUUCAAGGAAAACUUCCGGCAGGGCCUGGUGGUUGAGAUAGACCUGAAGAAUCAGACGGUGCUGCUGGAGGACGGCGAGGCCCUGUCCUUCGCAUAUCUCAUCCUGGCCACGGGCAGCACUGGGCUCUUCCCAGGCAAGUUUAACCAGGUGUCCAACCAGCAGAUGGCCAUCCAGGCCUAUGAGGACAUGGUGACGCAGGUCCAGAGCUCACAAUCCAUCGUGGUGGUCGGAGGAGGCUCUGCGGGAGUGGAAAUGGCAGCAGAGAUUAAAACAGAAUACCCUGAGAAAGAGGUCACUCUCAUUCACUCCCAAAUGGCCCUCGCAGACAAGGAGCUCCUGCCCUGUGUCCGGCAGGAAGUGAAGGAGAUCCUGCUCCGGAAGGGUGUGCAGCUGCUGCUGAGUGAGCGGGUGAGCAACCUGGAGGCGCUGCCUCUCAACGAGCACCGCGAGCGCAUCACGGUGCGGACGGACAAAGGGACGGAGGUGGCCGCCAACCUGGUGAUCGCCUGCAGCGGUAUCAAGAUCAACAGUGUGGCCUACCGCAGCGCGUUUGGUGAUCAGCUGGCCAGCGAUGGCGCUCUGAAAGUGAACGAGUACCUCCAGGUGGAGGGCUACAGCCACAUCUACGCCAUCGGUGACUGCGCCGAUGUGAGGGAGCCCAAGAUGGCCUAUCACGCCAGCCUCCAUGCCAAUGUCGCCGUGGCCAACAUCGUCAACUCCAUGAAACAGAGGCCCCUCAAAGCCUACAAGCCAGACAGCCAACAAAGCCCAAGUCACUUCUUUGCCCUCUUCCCUUGCAAAAAGGAGAAACAGAAGAUUUUAAGAAUUUUGAAAGGAUUUUGUGUACGUGAGUGUGUAAAAGUCAAUGCUAUAAAUCUAAAACGAAGUCUGUUUGUUUAAAAAAGUUCUAAAACAACAGGAAGAAAACACAUGGAAAGAAACCCCUGGUGGAGACCUGGUUAAUUACAGACUGAGGCUCUUUUUAACGAGAAUAUAAAAUGCAGAGGGCUCUUCCCGUGGGCAGGACCUGCUCCUGCAGCCUCUGCUACCCGCUUCCCAUUCAGCUGCCCUCCGCUCCCCUGCCGUCACCCUUCCUCUCUCCUUUUAAAAGAUAAAACCCCGCUCCUGUGACUUUGAUCCUCCUGAUUGCGGAUGGUGAGCGCGGUGGCCACCAGUGGGCGCGGGGCGGCUACUUGGCAUCAAGCUUGGCCAUCUCCUGCACAUAGAUGCCGAUGCUCUCGCUGUCGAAGAGCAGGAAGUAGACGUUCUUCAGCGAGGAUGCGCUCGAGUCGUCGAAGUGGGCCGAGAUGGCUUUGAGGGUCACCUGGGCUGCCGUCUGUUUGGGGAAGCAGUUUCUGUGCCAAAGGAAGAGAAGAGCUGACGUCACUUUCGUCCUGGGACCCAUGGAGUAACUCUGCCCUCAGCCCGGGGUAGGGGCAAUGUGGUUCCUUCUCAUCUUGACACCAGGUCCUUGUUCCUAUCGCUCGGGGUCUCACCGUGUGCAGGCUGGUCCACGCACGAUCCCCUUUCACCCCAGAAGAGGGACAGCCCAGGAGGGGGACAGACAGGGGACAUUGUCCCCACUUCACAUAUGCCACAUUGGCUCAGAGAGGCACAAUGGUUUUAGGGCUGGCUGGUGAGCGGUGGCCUGUGUUUGAAUCUAUGUGGCCUGACUCAAGUCCAGCUGAGCUUUAAAAGCUACCAACUCAGCUAACACAACAUUGUUAAUCAACUAUACUCCAAUAUAAAAUAAAAAUCAAAAACAAACAAACAAAAAAAACCUACCAACUCAGCAUUUAAAAAAGCCAACAUAGGGAAUUCCCUGGCGGUCCAGUGGUUAGGACUCCAUGCUUUCACUGCCGAGGGCGCGGGUUCAAUCCCUGGUCAGGGAACUAAGAUCCCAUAAACCUCGCAGCACGGCAAAAAAAAAAAAAAAAAAAAGCCAAUAUACGUUUUAUUAGCUCCCUCAAAACUGGUUUACAUGCUAAACAGAUUGUUUAUUAAAGGGCAAUAAUGUAUGCUCAAAAGUACGUCUUCAUUAAUUCCUGUUUCAUGCAUUUCAUGUUCCUCUCGCUAACCUGUGUGGACGUGCCAAUGUAAUUUGAGCAGUGACGAUUCUGGGCAGGGCCCCAAGCCCCAGGAUGCCAUGGUGGAGCUGUGCGCCAGGGACGCAGCCAUUGUGACACCGCUGGUCAUUUGGGGUCAGCCACCAAGCCCCUUGGGCGGGUCCAGGAUUGGCCCGCCUAAUAAGAAUUCUUCUCACUCAGCUGCCACGUCCCAGCCCAGAACAUCUCGGCACGUGGGCCCAGCUAUGCAAAGAAUUCAACCCGCAGUGCCUCCGGGCCAGGCUGUGGAGACCCAGCGCUGCCUGCUCAGGUUGAGAUAGGAUUACGGCCGGAAGCUAGGCCUUAUUCCUUCCUUCUUCGCCUUCCUGUGACUCGGCUGUUAACAGAAUGUCUUCAGAGUGUAAAUCAUAUCUGCGCUACAGAGGGGCUUCUCAGGAGAAAGGAUGUUCAAAAUUAAAGCAAUAACUCACAUUGGCUGUGAGCGUGAGGGGAGAGGCCCUGCUACACGUGAGGACAGACAGCCUCAUUAUUUACCUGAAAUACUGCUCCCAUGCCCAGUCGGGGUCUGUGGCAAUUAGAGCAAUCAUUUCUCCAACCCCUAAAAGCAAGCCCUUGCUGAGAGCCCUUCACUUCUCCAGCCUCAGCCUCGAGGCUCUCCCAGCCCCAGAGCAGCACCGGAAUCCCCUGGGGAUUCUGUGAUUGGCAUCCUAACCCCGUGGGCUCUCUGCUGCUGGUCUGUGGACCACACUUUGAGGAGCAAGUGCCUUUGAGCCUGGUGUUUCAGAUCCAGUGCUCUAGACUGGGAUAGCUGGUGGGAACGUGGGCUUUCAACACGGCAGGCUCCCAAAAGAGAACUCUGCCUCCCGCUCCUCCCAGAACUGGCUUUCUCCCUGCAUUGUGAAGGAUGGAAACUGCGUCUCUUGCUCUAUCGCCUGGUCAACGUGCUUGGCUGUGCUGGCAGCCCUUGGUCACGUCCUCUGGGAUGGCCAGACUGGAUGUGACCACGUGGGGGAGCAGCUGGUCCCCAGCGAGAAGGCUGGGCAAGCGGACCCAGCACCCUUGCCGCCCCCCUGGAGGAGAGCAUCUUACCUGCCGCUGGGGAAGGGCGGGAACGCCACCGACUUCAGCUUCUUGUCCUCUGCUGCCGACAGGCAGUUUUUGAUGGUCUCUUCAAGCUGUUCUUCACAUUUGUCGGAGCCCCACUGAGGGAUGUGACAGUGGAUGACGAAUUUGGCUGCAAGUCCGCUGGACUGGCUGACAGCGGCUGGGACACGAGAGAGAAAUGCCGCAGGUUAUUUCCUACGUCUUCACCUUAAGCCGGGGGUUAGGCUCAAUCGCCUGUGUCCCUCUUAGGAGAGUAGGAGCCGUAUCAGAUUUGCUUUUGACAGUUUGCACAAGUUUUGGGUAAACACACUGAAAGCUGAUGUGACAGCAUGUCACAGACUCUCACAUGGUCUGCCUUCUGGCCACAGGUUAGGUGACUCCUAAUCAAAGGUACACAGUGGAAUCGUCUCUGAUCCCUGGAAAUUGUGAAUGUUUCCUUACAUGGCAAAAGGGACUUUGCUGGUGUGAUUAAGUGAAGGAUUGUGAGAUGAGAAGUUUACCCUGGACUAUCCAGUUGAGCCCUAAGUGUAAUCACACAGGUCCUAAUAGGAGGGAGGCAGGGAAGUCAAAGGUAGGAGGAGGCGCUGUGAUGAAGGAACAGGGGUUGGAGUGAUGCGUCCAGGAGCCAAGGAAUGCAGGAGCCUAGGAGCCGGAACAGGCAAGGGACGGCUGCUCUGAGAAGGAACCAGUCCUGCCAGCACCUUGAUUUUGGCUUCUUAAGACUCAUUGUGGGGAAUUCCCUAGCGGUCCAGUGGUUAGGACUGCGCUGAGGGCGUGGGUUCAAUCCCUGCUCGGGGAACUAAGGUCCUGCAAGCUGCGCAGCGCGGCCAAAACAAACAGACAAAAAAACUGCCUAAAAAAAU